ACUUGAUGACCACUUUACUCAUCGUCAUCACGCGAUCGAGCAGUGUGAGAUCGGGGAUUCCCGAUAGAUCGUCUUCGCAACUAUAAAUCAUUCGCGUGUUAAUGAGAAAGAUUUUCAAAUGGCGGAAGGCGGAGAUGAAUUAGUUAAUAAUCUUGAGGAAAAUCAAAAUCUGAAGAACUCACAAGGGAAGAUGCUGCAUUGCUUGAAUAUGGGGUUGCCAGAACUACCUGUUGCCCACACAUCAAGUUCAGGAAGUUAUAUCACAUAUAAUAUAUACUCCGUGAAAAGUAGUACUGAUCUCAAGGGACCAUUGCAGGAUGCACCCCCACUUAGUCCUGUUCCUCAGGUUGCUCAGGAUCCUCAGGUGACUUCCACGACAGAGAGAGAUUUGGAUUAUUCAAAAGGGUCUGAAGAACACAAGUUAACAGGCCAGCGGUACCAAUCAGCUCAACCUGACUCAACCUAUUGUGAAAAUGGAACUUACUCUGCAUCAAAAACAUCAUUAAGAAGCUGCAGCCCAGAAGAUGUCUGUUCAGAAUCACAACAAUUCCUCCCCUCUUCCAGCAACUUGCAAGCUCAGACUUGCUUGAGCAGUCCUCAUGAAAGCCUUCGCAGUCCAUCCUGCUCGCAGCCAAAUGAUCUUAAUGUAGUCAGCAGUCCCCAGCCCACACCGGGAUCAGGGUCAAACAUGACUUUUCCAGCAUUUUAUUCACCUUUCAUGCAGCCGGGAAGUGCUCCUGGAGUCUCCUGGUUACCUUAUUGCGCACCUGUGUGGUUCCCCCCAACGACUAUGGUACCAGGGCCACAAGGGGUAAGCAUAAAUCCAUAUAUGCCACCAUUUGGAAGUGGUGGCAUGCCAAGCUCUCCAUAUUUUUACCCUCCAUGUGUUCCUCCUGCUGCUACACCAGGACCUUCCAGUGUCGGGAAUGGCUCAUCGUCGUCGUCUGAGAGUGAAAAUGAACCAACCUCCCUUAAAUAUGGGAUGAAAAUUAAUGAUGAAACUCGAAUAACAAGUCUUCCUUUUCCUAUGAUAAGAUGGAUUUCCAUGAAAAUGGACGAUACAUAUGCAGAGAAAAACUGGCAAGAUGUUGCUGAUCGUCACGGCUGGAUCUAUGAAAAGAUAAAUGAGCACAAACAACAAUGCUGUAACUUUCAAAGGAGUUUUUUUGAAUGGAUGCUUAAAAAAGAUACAUUUAGUACUUACACAGUUGGAAAGUUUAAGGCAGACAUGAAGGCUAUUCGACGGAUGGAUGUUUAUGAAGAUUUUGAUGGUGAACUGAACAAACAUCUCAUGAAAUGAAGUGACAUUUUGGAUAAACCUUAUGAACUGUACUUGCCUGUUAAAUAUUUUGGUGUGCUUUUCAUUUUUUUUAAAGCUUCAUGGCAGCUAGCCCACUAUUUUUCUUUAGCAGCUUAAACUUUGUAAAUGAAACAACAAUUUAUGAAAUUUCUUUUUUUUUUAAAAUCUAAAGAAUUAACAUGUAUGCUCCUUUGUCAGUUACCCAUCGCAAAUUCGUUGGAAGUGUAGGGAACAUCGUUGUGCUUUUACUGAAUGAAGACAACUUUAGCUUUACUUUCCAACUAAUGCUUAUAUUUUGUAUAUCACUGAGAAGACAGUAGUUGAUAUAUCAUGCCCAAUACAAUUGACACAAUGCAUCAGAGUGAAGUAAGAAAAGUGCUGUAGAAGAACCUUGUUUGACAAAGUAUAUGGGCUUUGUUUGCUAUCUGACCCCUUCAUCUUUCUCACCUCCCACUGUUGUUUUUGUUUUGUUUUUUUGCAUGCUAUGCAAAUCCAUUUGAUACUAAUCGAAUGUUUUCUAUAAUUUACAGAAAGUUGCUUUAAUUUAAAUUCCGUAUGGUCUUUAAAAUAAUGUUACCUGUUGUUUGUGGAGGCUUCAAGUGAAGUCCACCAGUCAUGCCAAGCAGCAUUUUUAGCGAUAUUUUAACAUUUAAUGGGUUUGUUGUGCAAUAUAUAGGCCUCUGUACCAAAUUGCAGCAGAAAUAGCUUUAUUUUCUUAAUAGCAACAAAAUGGAGAACUAUUCAAAAGAAAAACAGAGAAAGACAAUGAAUUGCUGGUUACCACUGAAGAAGUAGCAUCACCUUUUAACUUUCUGUUUUAUUUAAUGCCUCUUGGAUCCCAGUUAGAAAUGCAGUUUUUAACAGUAGUCACGUCCAUGUUUGCAUCCUAAAUAGAAUGGAGAUGGUUAUCGAGAAAUACUAAGUAUUAAGUAUUGCUGCACAGUGUACAGUGAAUAUGAAAAAGUUUACAAAUAACACAUUCUCUGCAUUUCACUACUUAUCUGUGUGAACUGUUUAUGUGCUACACAAUGGCCACAGUAAUGGGGAUGAUUUAAUGUGAGGACAUGCAUGAUACAAAAUCACAAACAAGAGCAUGCUGGAGACAUCAAGUUAAAUGGUUACAGCAUACAGAAAUAGUGUGUUCUAUGUAGAAACAAUUGUCAGAAUUUGUCUUACCAUUUGUUUCUGAAUGUGCUAAUCCUAUCCAAAACGUGUGUGGAUGUGGGCAUGUUUGCAUCUGAGGUGAAAUGGUAGUGUGUGUGUGUGUGUGGGGGGUUACAGAUGCAUACAUUUGGUGUAUACUGAGAUAAAAAAAACCUCAAGUACAUGUGUGUAUAAAAUGUAUGUUGUUUUUACAUUGAAAAAAAUUUUGCUGCUACAUGUUAACAUCUUUUUGAUGGUUAAAAAAAAAUCACAGAAAUGUCUGUUUCUAAAUACCUGAUUGCUUUAUCAUUAAAAUGCCCAAGCAUGAAUAAACAAUAAUUAUAAAAAACA